UGUAGUCAGUAACAGAAAUAAGGAAGCAGCACAUUUAGCCUUACGUUCCACCGAUUCCUAGUAUGAAACGUCGGGAGUUUUCUGUUUAUUCUGUCCUUCAGCUUUGGUUUCUGUUUUUGAUCGAGUUUCAGAAUAUUGAUGGAAAGCAAGUAUGGCCUGUCCCUUACAGGCGAGUUGACCGUCGUCCAGGCACUGAUCCAUACUGCCAGGCUUUGUACCCUUUCUGUCCUACCGGCGACCCUGAGGGCUGCAUCCCUCAUAUGAGCGACAAGGAUGUCAUUUCGGUGUUUCGACUUCAAACCCCGGUGUGGGAAUUCAAAUACGGUGAUCUUCUAGGAAAAUUUCAUGUAAUGCAUGAUGCCAUCGGGUUUGCCAGUUCAGAAACGGGGAGGAAUUAUACUAUGGAAUGGUAUGAACUUUUCCAGCUUGGAAAUUGCACUUUUCCUCAUGAGCGAAAGGACAUUGCUGCUCCUUUUUGGUGUAAUCAGGGUGCUGCUUGCUUCUUUGAGGAAAUAGAUGACAUCCACUGGAAACAGAAUGGAACUCUAGAGAAAGUUGGAGAAAUGUCAGGUGAACAGUUCAAUAGCCUGGCACAGUGGGUCCAAGAGGACAAUGAAACAGGUAUUUAUUAUGAGACGUGGACAGUACGGUCAGAUCCGGGGACCAACUCCACAACCUGGUUUGAAUCAUAUGACUGUUCGCAGUUUGUACACCGCACUUACAGGAAAAUGGCAGAGCUUGGAGCCAAAAUCUCAAGCAAAACUCAGACUAACUACACCAAAAUAUACCUGUACAGUGGAGAACCCACAUACCUUGGGGAUGAGGAAACCAUAUUUGGACAGUCGUCCAUGAAAGCUCUGGCUGUGGAUAUCAGAAAGUUUUACCAUUCAUUCCAGCCUCAUCAGUCAGUGUUUCAGUUCCUCCUUAGUUUGAUUGAAGCGUAUAAAACAGUAGUACUAAAGGAGACUUUCUAUCUGUUUUACAACUCUGAGUAUUGGCACUUGCCAAUGAAGCCACCCUACAUACAAAUUACAUAUGAGGAAGUUCCUUUACCGUAGAGACUGCCAUCAGAUUUUUACUAAAAUGUCAGAGAACAAUUCUGCAUAUUUACUGUGAUUUGCCAGAGGUAUACAAUUAAGUCAGUUAAGUAACAAUUUUUUUUCAGUAUUGCUUUGUAUAAAAUAUUUGUGUAACUGCGUAUAAGCAAAUGUUCCUCUUAUAAUUAAUAAUGAAAUAACAACUGUUCCUUUUAUUUUAAAUUUUAUAAUUUGAGUAAUUCAAAAUUAGAAUGUUUAAAAAUAAAUAAGCUGUAGCUCAAGUAUUUUUCCCAAAUAAAAAUUUUGUACAAGAGCUUUGGAAAUAUUACAAUUGUUAAUUAUGUCACAUGAUAAGAAAUAUACCUUUAAAGCAAACCAUAAAGCCACAAAUAAAACAAUGUUUGGUACGUCACUUCUGCAUUUCUAUCAGUAACCUUCUCUAGAAUGAUCCAGGGAAUGGCACAAAUUGACAUGUCCCACUCCCAAAAUAAUUUCAGUUUAAUCCUUUACAGGUUUCUAUAUGAUAAUUUGUUUGAUUGCUUUUAGCAGAUAUGAUGGUUUUGAAUGUAUGAAAGCAAAUAAACACCAAUCUGCAUUAUAAGCA